AUGGCGAAAAACACGUGCCCGGGCUGUGCGAGUUCGAACCCCGCCGACUUCGACGACAGCAAUGGCACGCUCGUGUGCACGAACUGCGGGACGGUCCUGCAAGACAGUCAGAUCGUCUCGGAGAUCACCUUUGGCGAGACGAGUAGUGGGGCGGCGAUGGUGCAAGGGAGUUAUGUCGCUGAGGGACAGACGCAUGUUGGUGGUGGAGGCAAGUUUAGGAGUGGGACCAGUCUGGAGAGUCGAGAUGCUGCCAUUAUGCAUGGCAGGCGAAAGAUCGUACAGCUCGCUGAAGCACUCAAAUGUCCUUCCCACUACGUCGACACCGCCCAGCGAUGGUUCACGCUCGCUGUAACAAACAACUUCACCAAAGGUCGUAAAACCCAAUAUGUGAUCGCCUCCUGUUUGUAUAUCUCCUGUCGCAACGAAAAGAGUUCUCACAUGCUGAUUGACUUCUCUGAUAUGCUCGGGAUCAACGUAUUUACUCUCGGGCAAACGUACCUUAAGCUUGUUCAAACAUUAGAAGUCCGCCUCCCCCACAUCGACCCCACUGUCUACGUUCACCGUUUCGCCAAGCACCUCGAAUUUGGCGACGACUCUGUCACCGUUGCCAACGAUGCUUUACGUCUUAUUCAGCGUAUGAACCGCGAUUGGAUGGUUCAAGGUCGACGGCCAUCCGGUAUCUGUGGAGCAGCUCUUCUCCUCGCAGCACGAAUGAACAACUACCGCCGCUCAGUAAGAGAAGUUGUAUACAUUGUCAAGGUUGCGGACCUCACUAUCCAGAAGCGUCUAGACGAAUUCAGGGCCACGAAGAGCGGUGAUCUCACUGUUGAAGAGUUCCGGAAUAUCUGGCUGGAGCAGGGCCAUGAUCCUCCUAGCUUUGGCCCAAAGCCUUCAAGGAAAAGAAGGGUUAGGGAGGUCAACGACGAUGGUGAGGUUAUAGGCGAUAAAGAGACUGAGACGGAGCAGCCAGCGCAAAAAAGGCAGAGGGUGGAGGUUCCGGCGGUCCCGGUGGAGCCAAGGAGAGAUAAAGAUGGAUUUGUUGUCCCCGAGGUGCCGAUUGAUCCUGCGCUGCUCCAGGCUGGGGCAAACCCCACACCACCGCCAUCAGGUGAUGCGGAGCCAGAUCUGAAUCAGAGUGGCUUGUCGGGCGAUGCGGAUCGUAAUGAUGCGAUUGCCGAGGCGUGUAUUGAAAGCGAGAUGAUGGCGCUGAUCGAUACACCUGACUCCACGAAAGCUGUCGAGGAGCUGAAAGAGGCACAUCGGAAGGAACUCGAGGAGCUUGCUGCAAAGAAUCAUGAGUCGGGUGUCAGCGAUGAUCCGGAUGACCUGAGGGAUGUGGAUGAUGACAUUGAAGUUAUGGGAGCGCUUCUGGGGAAGGAUGAAGCGGACCUUAAAGAGAGGAUUUGGGUUGAGUUCAAUAAGGACUAUCUGCGGGAGCAGGAGUUCAAACGUCUCAAGCGCGAAACCGACCUCCGCAAUGGUAUCGCAAAGCCUACAAAACGUCGUCAGAAGAAGAGGCCAAGAGAUAGUACUAGCGAGGACCUUGCUGCGACGCCUGCAGAGAGUGCGAAGCAGAUGUUGCAGCGCAGGAGCUACUCAAAGAAAAUCAACUAUAAGGCCAUCGAGGGUCUGUUUGAAGACGACUGA